AUGGUCAACAUCGACUACGAUGCCUCUGGCAGUAUGUCCGUACAAACUGGCGGGAAGACCGUCGUCUACAACCCUGGUGACAUUGCAUGGGUCCUUGCGAGCACGGCACUGGUGUGGUUAAUGAUACCAGGCGUUGGAUUUUUCUAUUCCGGGCUGUUAAGACGAAAAAACGCGCUAUCUAUGAUAUACCUAAGCAUGAUGACCAUCGCGGUGGUUUCCUUCCAGUGGUUCUUCUGGGGCUUUUCACUGACAUUCAGCGAGACGGGAAGCCGUUUCAUCGGAAAUUUAAAAUAUUUCGGUCUCAAGGGGGUCCUCGAGCAACCUUCCAUAGGAAGUACCAGAAUCCCAUCCAUCGUUUUCUGUGUAUACCAGCUCAUGUUCGCAAUUAUUACCCCCAUGCUCGCAAUAGGAGGUUUCGCCGAGCGUGCUCACCUCGGACCCUUGCUCGCCUUUGUCUUCUUCUGGUCUACACUCGUUUACAACCCCAUCGCAUGCUGGACUUGGAACUCAAACGGAUGGACAUUCGUUCUCGGAGGCCUAGAUUUCGCUGGAGGAACUCCGGUGCAUAUCUCUUCAGGGACGGCGGCUCUGGCUAUUUCGGUUUAUCUUGGAAAGCGUCGGGGGUACGGCACAGAGGCCUUGGCAUACAAGCCUCAUAACACAACAUAUGUGGUCCUAGGAACCGUAUUUCUAUGGGUUGGCUGGUUCGGCUUCAACGGCGGCUCUGCUCUCGCUGCCAACAUGAGAGCCGCCCAGGCUUGCAUCGUCACCAACUUGGCGGCAAGUGUCGGUGGGCUUACAUGGAUGCUCUGGGAUUACCGUAUCGAGAGGAAGUGGUCUGCCGUAGGUUUCUGUUCUGGUGCUAUCGCAGGAUUAGUGGCUAUCACUCCCGGCUCUGGAUUCGUUGGAGCUCCCGCGGCCGUCCUCUUUGGCUUCAUGGCCGGCACAGUAUGCAACUUUGCAACCCAAAUUAAGUUUUUCGUUGGCUACGAUGAUUCUCUCGAUGUCUUCGCGUCCCACGGCAUUGGCGGAGUCGUCGGGAACCUCCUUACUGCGCUCUUCGCCCAGGCUAGCGUAGCACACUUUGACGGGUUUACCGUCAUUCCCGGAGGCUGGCUUGACCGUCAUUGGGUUCAGCUAGCUUGGCAUCUCGCAGAUUCAGCGGCUGGACUGGGUUAUUCGUUCACGAUGACCACUAUCAUCUUGUGGAUCAUGCACUACAUCCCGGGCCUCCGUCUACGCGUAUCGGAAGAGGUAGAGGAGCUGGGAAUAGACGAAUCUGAUAUGGGCGAGUUUGCGUAUGACUAUAUUGGCUUCGAUGCUCCACUAUCGACCGGGUAUGGAGGGAGCCGGGAUUCAGAAAACCAGUAUCUGAAGGAACGACAGAGUUCGCAUGUGCACUAA